AUGUGCAUUGCCGAACUCAACGUUUCACUCAUGCCUUGCCGGCACCGCUGGUACCACCUGUCACGCCCCUGCAGCCCGUCCACCAACCUCUCCAACUGCGACAAGAAGCUUGGUCUGGCAGGAUGGGAGAUCAAGUGCGACUUCUGUCCCUAUUGUUCAGCAUGGAAUCUUUCCGACUCUGAAUACCGCCUUGUCGGCAAUGAUCGAGCUCCUGCUGUCGGAGGUCUGUCCCGCACGCCAUCCCUCAGCCUGAAUACCGCGCGCCGUGAGUCCCGUCGCGGCAGCCUGUCCAGGACCGACAGCAGCAACAGCAUCGCAAUGCUGGCACAGGAGAAGAACCGCGCGCUCAACGCUCGUGUGGACGCAUACCUGAGGGUCACUACAGAGCCGCCCCUUCCAUCGCCAUAUCCGGCUCCGCUGCGCGAAGUGAACGAGGACGAUAGCGUAGCCCUGUCCAGCAGUCCCAGUGACACUUCCAGCGAAGGACCAGAGAGCGUGCGCCACUCGUCUACCUCAACUCAAGGCGACUCGGUAAGCAUUCUCAAGAGAAUGCGUUACAAGUCGAAGAGGCUGUCCAUGAGCAUCUUCAAAUGA